AUGCAUUUUGACAAGAAAUAUAGAAGAGCUGAAUAUUAUUUAAAUGAAAAAGGAUUCCAGCAAGCUGUAGCAAAGUGGGAUUUGGAGGUUCUAUGGGAUGAAUCAGAACAAGCUAGCAUCCAAGUUCAUUUGCUUGCAAAGGAUUGUAUAGACAAAGGGAGACAUCUCAGCUGUUCUUUGCAAACAUUGAACAUUCUUCAACGAGCCUGCAGGAAUGAUGUUUGCUGGGGUAACGACAUUUGUCCAGCACGUUUAUUGCUGCUGAGACAUUGUGCGGCUGAUGAAGCUGAUGGACAUUUUACUCCAGUAGUGAAGAGUUGUGUGCCAGAAUGCCGUGCCACUUACUACUUUAGUACCAAUACUAGCCUGUGUCCCAGCACAUGUCGAAAUUACCAGAACAAGGUGCAGUGCAAGGGUCCAGGUCUUUUGGGAUGUGCUUGUCCUGACGGUCUUGUUUCGUUCCGUGGAAAGUGCAUCCAACCUCAGGACUGCCCAUGCUCAUACAAUGGGGAAAUAUUUGAAAGUGGACAAAGCAUGCAAUUGUUCUGCAUUAAAUGCAAAUGCAAAAAUGGACAAAUGGAUUGCAAUGACCGCAAAUGCCCAGCAAUUUGUUCAGUCAGUGGAAGUCAGUAUAUCAUGACGUUUGAUGGGAGUCGUUAUUACUUCAGAGGAGGAUGCGUGCAUACUUUGGUGACAACUAACUCAUUCACUAUCUACCUUGGCACAAACAAAUGUGAAGAGGCUGAUAACGGUAACUGUAUUGAAUAUGUCAUUCUGACAUUUAAGACAAUUGGAGUAUCAGUAAAGCUUACAAAAACUGGCCAUGCCUUUCUGGAACAAAAUGAAAUUGAGCUUCCUUUUGUCCAUGGAUCAGCUGGUACCUUGAGUGUUCACCUGGUUUCCUCAAUAUUUCUUGAGAUACUGAGUGUAAGUGGUCUUCAUAUCCAGUAUGAUUUCAAGGGAGGUAGAAUCUAUGUAAUACUCCAACCAGAUCUGAUGACAGAAACUCGAGGGCUCUGUGGAACAUACAACAGGAAUAACUUGGAUGAUUUCAUAUUGGUCCUAUAUCUCGAUAUUUUUCCAAAGCUUCGUCCGUCUUCAGUCGCUUAG